AUGAAAACCUAUACACCACUCAUCGGAGCCCAAUCGCUCUUCGUAGCGGCAGCUACAGCCAAAACAUGCAUCAAUGCCACUGUUCCAGUUACCAUUUCUGCCCGACAAGCAGUAUUCAACAUCGAGAUACCCACGACCAAUGUUUCGACGCCGGAUUUCUUCCUAAACGUCACACAGCAGGGAAGAAACUUCACGGAUAUAGCGUUGUCGGGAUAUCAGACCACGGCUGGUACUUAUAAUAUCAGUACCAUGUAUUGUAAACCGGAUGGGGAUAAUUCGACCAAUCCGACUAUACAGGUCUUAACCCACGGCAUCGGCUUCGACAAAACCUACUGGGACCUCCCCUACAACAAUUACAACUACUCAUACAUCGACGUUGCCGUACGCAAAUACUCCUACCACACACUCUCCUUCGACCGACUCGGCACCGGCAACUCCACACACGGCAACCCCCUCAACGAAAUCCAAUCCUACAUCCAAGUCGCCGCCACUGCCGCCCUUACCACCAUGCUCCGUAACGGCACUUUUCCAUCGGCCCCCGGAAAAGCCUAUAAACGCGUGGUUCACAUUGGGCAUUCCUUCGGCAGCGCGCAAACAUAUGCGCUCGCAAAUUUGCAUCCGAAUCUCACCGACGGUAUCGUGCUUACCGGUUUCAGCAUGAAUAGUUCCUUUGUGCCCUAUUUUGCCGCGGGCGGAAACUUUCAACAAGCGCAGGAGAAUCAACCGGCGAGAUUCGCUAAUCUGAGCUCGUUUAACGGAGCUGCGAAUGUAACUGCAUAUACAUCUGCACAUGUAUCUGCAAAUGUAUCCUCGAAUGGAACAUUAUCGCUGCAGGGCUCGAAUCCGGUGCCUGCGGGCUAUUUGGUUUCGUCUGAUGCGGCGGCGAAUAAAUAUUUAUUUUUGAAGCCGAAGUUCUAUGAUCCUUCGAUCCUUACCUAUUCCGAAGAAACCAAGCAGACAGUAACACAAGGAGAACUCUUAACAUUAGGUUCAUUAACCGCGAUAAACAAUUUCGCGGGGCCCGUUAUGGUGAUUGAUGGUGACUCGGAUUUGCCAUAUUGUGGAUCGGACUGUCUUGCUACGGGAGGAGUUGCGGAUUCUUUGGCGGCGAUGGUGGCAAAAAAUUUCCCAAAUGUUAGUCCUAGUGAUUUUGGGUCGUAUAUUCAACCGAAUACUGGGCAUGGCAUUAAUUUGCAUUAUAAUGCAACGACAGCGUAUGGAGUUUGGUUGGAUUGGUUGGGGGGAAAGGGAUUUGCAAGUUCGUGA